ACACACACACAUAUCCAUCCCACACUCGCCCAUAAUACCCAAGGCUUCGCAUCCUCGGCUCGCACAGCCCAUCCGCUCGGGACGGUAACCAACGCCGGAUGGGAUGUGGAGUCGUCAGGUGCAGCCGUCACCGCCACCUUCUCUGACGGCCUCUGGAAAUCAGAGCUCUUGACGAGGAGGAGGGGAAGGAGGAGGAGGAGGAGGAGGAGGAGGAGAGGAAGAUUAAUCCCGCUAAACCGGCUCUUUCCCCCCUCCCUUUUCUUGCACCUUGCAAGACCGCCAGACUGCCGGGAGUAGCCGAGGGGAGCACCGCGGAGUCCUGAAAAAUGGAGAUCAUCGAAACAAGCACGAUUCAGCAGGAGAGGCUCCAGGCUAUUGCAGAAAAGAGAAAACGCCAAACGGAGAUUGAAAACAAACGGCGACAGUUAGAAGAUGACAGGCGCCAGUUACAGCACUUAAAGUCAAAGGCCCUGCGAGAGAGAUGGCUGCUGGAAGGAGCUCCAUCAUCCACAGCUGAAGAGGGUGAAGCCACAAAGAAGCUGAUGGAGGAGGACAACUUGAAGGCCAAGGAACUGGAAGAGAACAUCCAGAGGUUGGAGAAAGAAUUGGAACAACUGGAAAAUGGCAUCUCGGCAUCUUCCACCAAAGAGAACAUGGCUGAGGAAACAACCAGAGUGGUGGUCAAGGAAGAGAAGCUACCCCACACGCCGAAGACUUCUCUAGGCUCAGCCAAAGCAGACAACAAAGUCUCCAACAGUCCCAUAAAAGUGGUGGAAGGCAAAGGCAGCGGCUUGAUGAAAGCAGCUAUGUACUCUGUAGAGAUCACUGUGGAGAAGGACAAACUCACAGGGGAGACCAAAGUCCUGUCCAGCACCACUAGACUACCCAAAGAGAACUCAGUUCAGGGAGUCAAAGUGUACGAGGACGAGCUGAAAGUGGUCCAUGCAGUCCGUACCGAAGAUGGGGCUAUUGAGAAUGGCGUCCACCAGCUCAGCUCAUCCGAAGUGGAUGAGCUCAUCCAUAAGGCCGAUGAAGUGACCCUGAGUGAAGUCUCUGAGAAGGUUGCCAAAGAGGCCCAAAGCAAUCUCCCAAGCCAGAAGGUCACCCCUCGGAAGGAAAUCACAGGGGUGCAGGCUAAACCAGUGGAGAGCCCAAAGCUUGGGGGCGAUGGCCCAGAGCCUAGCAAAGAACAACCCGUCACCAUGAUCUUCAUGGGGUACCAGAAUGUGGAAGACGAAAAUGAGACCAAAAAGGUGCUGGGGCUUGAAGGAGAGCAAAUCAAGGCCGAGCUGGUGGUGAUAGAAGAUGCUGAGAAUAAACCAGCAGGAGGCCACACACCAGAACACGCCCCACCUAAUGGCAGCGCGAUGGAACCCUUGCCUCAGAAGGAGGAAAACCAAGUUGGAGCACAGCCAUCAGCCAAUGACACGGACCCCAAAGGAGCAGACCAGGAUCUUGACAUGAAGAAACAGCGUUGUAAAUGCUGCUCGGUUAUGUAAGAGGCCCCUGCCAAGCCCCUCCCUCAACUGUACAGCCAAUCAGGACUGCCUUUUCCCAUCAUUCUCACCUGGACACCUUGACUCCGCCUCUCCAGUUACCUUCUCAAUUCUACAAAGGUCUGAGUUCAAAGUGUUGCUAUUUUUACUUAACAAGAUGUGCUCUUUGCAUCCCCCAAGGAUGUUUUUCCCCUUUAUUUUCAAAAGCGACUGGAGGAAUAUAAGUGCAGUGCUGGUGAAAUCAUGUAAAAUAGCCAACAAUGACACUAAGUUGCCAGUCUGAUUUUUUUUCCUGCCUCCAUUAACUCUUUUAUUCAUUAUUUCAUAAAGGAACAGACCCAAAAUUUAAUGUUAGGUCAAUCAGUCCAGUCCCUUUUCUUUCUUUUUGGGGCAUUUUAAAUUGUAAUGGUUGAAUAAACCUGGAGACCUUUUGAUUAGAAAUGAAAAAGAGUGAAUGCCUCUCCCCCAGUUCAGGCCUGUUUCUAUUUUCUGAAAUGUUUGAAAAAGAAAAUUAAUUGAUCAAGAAAGGAGACUCACCAUUCUUGGCUUCCUCUUGAAAUUUCUGAAUCUUUUGAAAUCCAGUUAGCUUUGAUAUCUUCCAAAGUCCUUCACAUCCUAAUUUCCUUAAGGAUACUGGUGACAAAAAUCGUCUACAGUGGGAAUGUGAAGAUCAGAAAACAAUCAAGCAAACCAAGUUUUUCACAAGUUUUAAAAAUAGGUCAACUCAUUUUUUUGUGUGCACCACAGAACUUGGCCCUGAACCAAAGCAUCCAGAUGUUGGAAACUGGUUUCGCCUCCAAAACAAUUCCAUGACAUCUUCCCAAGAAUUUAUUGGCCUUUCCAUCCUGUUGAUUGCAGGAGCUUCGACAAGGAUGUAAUUGUUGAGCUUUAAAGCUCUGAAAAAGAAAAACUGGGUUGAUUUUGUAUGGGUUUCCCCCCCCCCCUCCCAAAUGCCAUGAUGGACUAUAAGACUCUAGGGCUAUGGUUCAUGUCCAAGUAAACUUUAUGAUUCAGUGAGCAAUCCCGGUUGAUGAUAAGAAUUAUUGACGCUAAAUGUAUAUUUUGUGGCUGCUAGACCAGUCUUCCCCAACCUAGGAUUUACCCAUUGGACCAUUUUUGGCUACAGAUGAGGGAAACUGUCAUCUAAAACAUUUGAAGGGCAACUAGAUUGGGAAAAGAUAUGAUGGAUUCGGUCAGUGGAACAGAGAGCUCUGCCAGGUGCUCAGCAUCAGACAAUGUACCUGCAAAUAGUUAAGAGUAAGAGGUAGAAGAACAGCCUAAUGAAAGCCCCAGAUUAGACUGAUGGAGGAAUGGGAGGGUCACAGGCUUCCCUGAUGGAAGAGGCAAUAUGCAUUUAAAACCAACAGUAAGCAAAGAUACAGGAUGGGAUAUCAUUUGGAGGCAAAAAGGAGAAAUUCUCAGCCAUUGGCACACAGUGAAUAAUAGUGAAACAGUAGAAGAGAUAGAAUUGGUGCUAGCCAACUGGCACCAUGGUUCCUGAUAAGCUGCAUCAGAGAGUAAGGUCUCUGAUAUCAAUUUGGGGGGUUGGCAUUGUUCUGAGAAUACUUCCUCCUCUCUGCUUCCCCUUUAAGUUUUUAAGGGGAAAAGUGCUGUUGACACUUAGAUAUUUAACAAGUCUUCCCUUCCCUCCUUCUUAUCUCUAUCUGGGUUCUUCAGUUCAAAGCUGCUUCACAAACAUUUCUUCUAAUUUGUGGUGGCUGGAAUUUUUGGAGAAGAGGUGUAUCAAAUUCAAAAGGUGCUGACUAUCUCAUUUCCUAGAAUCUUGCCACAGAUCUCGGCUUCCAUUGCUGAGAUGUUACAACUUGAAUUGCCAAAGUAAAUGGUUCCACCUCAGCUACUGAGACAAAUAACAUAAGUAGCAUUGGGGUUUUACUGGAGCUACCUUUUCUGAACUUGCACCCCCCAAUUUGUAUGGAGUCAAUAGCUUCCAGGGCUCCCAGCUUGCAAAGAUCUGCCAACCAAAAUUCUGGGAGAUGUAGUAUCAUGAUAAGUGGAGGUUCCAGAUUGUGGAAGGUUUAUCCCAUAUAUACAAAAUCAAAGGCAACAUAUACGCAAAUCUCCGUAUAUAUGCAUCUGUAUAAAAUCUCCAGGGUAAUCAUCCUUCUGGCCAUGAUCAUACCUAGUUAAUAGGGCAUCUUAAUUUCUCUUUUCCUUAACUAAGAUACAUGGAUUGGCCUUGCUUUCUAAGCUAUUCCCCAGCUUAGACCCCAGGUUUAUGCUGGUCAACUGUCCAUAGGGCAUCACUGAGCAGUUUCAUAACUGCACUUCCUGUUGUUCUGCUCCUUCUUAGAUUAUCAGCACUGCUUUCUUUUCAAUAAUGUGACUCAAAGCUCUAAGAUGGAUGAUCUUUGAAAAGAUAGAAUAGGGUUCAAGGAUGGAGUCAAGAAACAUCAGCUCCACCCCAAUUCAGCUGAAAGCAAGAUUUCCACUGAGCCUUUUAAAGCAUGAUUUGCUGAAAAGGUGAAAGAUAAGGUUCUAGCAAUCUCAACAAAUUUCACUUUAGAGCCAAAUUCAUCUUUCGGGUUGUUCGGAUAGAGACUUUCUCAUUUGGGGUUUUUUUUUGGGGGGGGGGGGUUGUAAAUUGAUGAGCCCCUUCCAGAUAAUUGAAAAGUAUAUAUAAUCAUUUUCAAAGCAUCUCCUGAAUCUUUCCCAAGCUCUGAACAAACCAUUGCAUCAGUUUUUCAAAAUAUUACAGCUUCCAAAUGUGUCAGGAUCCACAACAUCUCCACAAACCCAUACAAGUCCCAGGAGCAGGCCUUGACAACUCUUCCUUGGACCUGAUGGAAAAGCAGUGAAGAAACUUACGUGGUGGAGAAGACUCCCUAUGCUCAUAAGGGCGUUUCCAAUAAGACCUUGCAAGGGUUUUUUUUUAUCCCAAAACACUAGAAUCCUACAGAUCAGUGUCCAAGAAUUUUAGAAUUUUGGAGUAUGUUCCCCAUUCCAAUCACCCCAGCAGUAUUGAGAUUUGUGACAGACAGGCUGGUCAAAUGAAAUCUGAUAUUAUAGAUGCAAUGUUAGGGUUCCAAGUUAAGCCAUUUUGAGGACACAUCCUUGCAUUGACCAAAAGAACGUGGAAGAAGAGUUUUCCAUAAUGAUAUUCAAACGUCUUCCAUCUGUGUUCCUAAAAUGCAUCCGUGCAAAGUUUUAAGGCAGAGAGCAGUCACUGGGUGAGCUGCUUUUGCACAUUUCUGCUUGGCUUGACAAUCAUAUUUUUCUGAAGGAAGUCAUCCUGUUAUCUUUCUUCUCCCAUGUUCUGCUUCCUUAUUUUCCUGUAACUAACAAAACAGCAGACGUAUUGGAAGAAGCCAUGCAGAGAUGCCCUUUCACCAGAGAUGUUGGGCAAGGAUCAAACUUGAACCUUUUGCCUGUACAAUGAGCUCCUCCUAAUUCAAAUGAUUUGUCCGUUGUGAUCAGGCAUAUCCACAGUAGCCCUAAUAUUAACCAGCCAAUUGAAUCUGGAAGCUUUGACAUUCAAAGCAUAGGCUUUCUUGUUGAGUGAUGGGUGUUCUUCAAAUUCACUUUCUUUAAAAAGGUCCUAAUUUUGCAAACCUUGAUGAAAUGUUGAAGGCAAUCUUAAAGAGGAAGGAGCAAGAUUCCAUGGUUUGGCCAUUAUGUACCACCUCGCCUGCAGCUAAACCUUAGAGAUGGAGAAGGAAUUCUCCAUUCCGGCAUUGAGAUGAUCAGCAUCUAAGAAUGUGAUAUGAGUUACUUUUGAGGGCAAAUCACAGAACUGGGACCGAUGCAGAAAUCACAGCACUAAUACAGGUGAGCUUUCUACAACAUUUGUAUGGAUUUUCACUUAUAUAGUUGGGGCUCCAUAUGAUAAUGUAGGCAAUUAAAAAAUAGAGAUGGGGACUGAGCUGCUUCUGCUAUGUCAUUUAGAACAGUAUUUCUGGCUGGGGAAUUUUGGGAGUUGAAGUCCAUGCAUCUUAAAAGUUGCCAAGCUUGAGAAACACUGCAUUAGAGCUUGGUCAUUUGCAUUUGAUCAGUGCCAGACAAUAAUCCACAUCUGGACUAUGCCUUAUUUUAAUUCCUAUUUUUCCCUCUCUCCCUCUGGAUAAAAAACUACCUUUGCAUUUCCAAAUGGGUGAGAGAUUGGGGAUGGAGAUCAAGAAAAUAAUAUUUAAAAGCUCAAAAAAUAUUCCAUUGGUAGUUAUAAUGAAGGGACAUGAUUAUGCUAAUUGAAUUGUAAAGAAAUUCCUUGGAAUUUCCUUGAAGCUGGAUUCAACCAAUCUCCGUGGUUGGGCAAGGCUGGUUGUGCUUAAAAAGUUAUCGUGUAUUACUCUGUUACAAUAAAACUGAAUUAUCCUGCAUAAUAAAUACAAUGUAUGGGUGGCAAAAGAGGGUGUUUAAAAAUGAGAGAUCGAGAAUUGUGCGGUGGAGUGGAGGAAAUCCCCUUUCAAGAGAUUCUGGGAAUCCCUUCAAAUUUGGUGGGUCUAUGAUACGAAUCCAUUCUUCCAGGGAAAGAGAAAUCCAUUAAUGCCUCCUUGCCAAAUUUCCCUAUUUGACAUGAAAAGCUGGAAGAGGUGAACCCCAUGACUUCCAAGCCAAGGAAAGACUGUGUGUUGUCUCCAGACUUUCUGCUCAAGCUGCCAUUAUUUUUUUGGCUCUGGACUCAACAGCCCAUUGUUGUAGUUGUGACUUGGAAACUAGUCCUUAGACCUUCUGUUCUCCAGGUGUGUCACCUCAUCUGCUCAACGGGCUUCUGAAAACAUACAGCUUUCCAACCAACCCAUCAUGUUGUCAACGGUCAGCUCACAAGCCAAAAGACCCCGCCUGCACACUAUUGGCAUAAAGAUUUUGGCACUUUGUGGAGACAUCACUUGGGAGUCUUCUCUGUAAUGGACAAGGGGCAGUCUUCAAAAGCUCUCAACAUCUCAAGCUGGGCCAUUGGGAAGGCCCUGAACAUCAGCAUCUCCAGCAACCAAUCUCCAUCAGCAAUGUCUUCUUUCCUCCUCUACUCAACAAUGAUCUUCAUCUGGGUUGUUUGACCCAAGACAAACAGCAGCAAACACUCCUACCUGGAUUUCUCUGAAGCUGAGAACAUCUGUCAAGGGGACUGAAGGAGAAUCAUGGAAUGAAGAGGCUAUCAGGUGCUGCUUCAGAGAUUCUGGUGCUGGUGCAGUUAAACCCCCUUCCCCACUUUUUCUCCCCCACAACCCAGUCUCUGUCUCAUGUGUAUGACAUGGUGAUGAUAACCUUUGUGCGCCCAGUUCUCCACUGUUAAUUCCUUUCAUAUUCUUUGGCUCGCAGAAGUGCACUUCCCCCUUUCUCCCAAGCUUUUCAAACAUCAUGGCCAACUGUUUGAAGAUCUACCUUAAAUACACCCCGCCACACACAUGCACACUUCUCUGUUGUUUGUUUGUAAUAUACUGGAACAGAGCAAAUAAAAAGUGUGAAUCAUCUGG